AUGGCUAUAAUCGUCCUCGUCCCAGGCUCUUUUGCUCCAGCGGAUCUCUACACGGAUUUCGUCGAGGUAAUUGCAAAGGCCGGUCUCGAAACGGUCGUCGUUGAUACGCCUUCGGUGGGGCGUCGUGAAGGCAAAGGUCCCGCAACGAUGACAGAUGAUGCGAACGAGAUCUCGAGAGUCGUAUCACCGCUCAUCGAUCAAGGGAAGGAAGUGGUACUCGUCGCCCAUUCAUAUGGCGGGAUACCAACGACGCAGAGUCUCGAGAGAUUGUCGCCGAAAGCACGUGGCGCCCAAGGCAAGAGUGGAGGUGUACUGAAGGUCAUCUACUUGACGGCUGUCGUCUUGCAGGUUGGAAUGUCGAACUUUGAGUUGUUUGGGGGCACCAUGCCUGAUUUCGUCUCGGUGGCUGACGACUACAUGAGUCUCUCGGUCGAAGCCAACGCCCCAUUGACAUUCUCCGACCUUCCCGAAGACAAGGCUCUGAUGUGGGCCAACCGCAUGUCAGUGCAUUCGACACUGAGCUUCAAGGAGAAACUCACCUAUCCCGGCUAUAACGAUGUUCAGGUUCACUAUAUUCUUUGCGAGGAGGAUAAAAUCAUCCCGCCCCAGUUCCAGCAAGCCAUGAUUGAUUUGAUCAAGGCUUCCAGUGGUAAUGAGGUCCAGGUUCAUAGCAUCAACAGCGGUCAUUGUCCCACUCACAGCCAACCUGAUAACCUGGUGAACAUUCUCAAGAAAAUUGUGCAGGGCUGA